AUGGUGGUUCUCACAAAAAAUGCGGUGAAAAUCAACUAUGACGACGUGGCGAAGUCACCAGAUCAGUUGCUGCGAUCAAUGUCAUCAGUACAUCCGAUCAGUGAUGGCAUUCCUUCACAACAACGGCCUCUCAACUAUAGGUGGUUUCCAUCAUGGAGAUUUAUGACAUCUAUCAUGUUAUGUUUUUGUUUCGGAUGUGUUCAUCUCAUGAACAGCAAUAUGGGAAUGGCCAUUGUUUGUAUGGUCAACUCUUCGGUCACCUACGACAAUGAAACCUAUCCGGAGAAUGCGGCACCUCUUCUAGAUUGGUCUUCUGAUGAACAAGGAUAUAUUUUCUCUGCAUUCAAUGCAGGUCUUCUAGUUAUGCUUUUCACUGGUGGCAUGGCUGAUAAAUUCAAUGCCAAAUACAUGAUUCUUGUCAGUGUUGCCAUUGCUUCACUUGCCAACCUCACACUCCCAUUCAUGGCUCCGAUUAGUGUUUAUUGGGCAAUUUUCAGUCGGUUUUUGGUCGGAUUUGCUGAUGCUCUUCUGCAACCUGCUAUGAAUUCAUUGAUCACAAGAUGGUUCCCCACUUCUGAAAGAAGUUAUGCUUUGGGAUUGGCUACUGGUGGAAGACAAAUCGGUACCCUCAUCAUUAUUCCCGCCGCUGGAGCACUCUGUUCUCAAACGGAAAUCUUUGGUGGAUGGCCUUCAAUCUUUUAUCUUUCUGGAUUCAUUGGUAUCAUCUUCAUCUUUUCCUACAUCUUCCUCGGAGCUGACAAACCAUCAAAACAAAGCUGCAUCACCGAUAAUGAACUCAAAUUUAUCACAAUCUCCAAUCAAUCCGAAGACGUUGGAAAGAAGAGAACCGAGAGAAAGGUCCCAUGGAAGCACAUUCUCUCUUCUGGAGCUGUCUGGGCCUCUGUCAUUUCACUUGUCUGCCAUGAAUUCCCAUUGAUGACUUUAAUCAUGUUCUUGCCUUCAUAUCUUCAUGACGUCCAUCACUACCAUUCCACUGAAAACGGUAUUCUCUCUGCACUCCCAACUGUUUCCCUUUGGUUUGCCAAGAUCGGAUCUUCCUACUUAAACACUUGGCUCCAACAAAACACAACUUGGAAGAAGGAUACAAUCUGCAAAGUUCUCAACUCAAUCGGAUCAAUCGGUCUGGGAGUUUUCCUUCUUGCUGCCACAUUCCUUGACAAAUCUCAUGCCUGGAUGGCUGUACUCUUCCUUUGUCUUUCAAUGGCUUCUGCUGGUCUUCAUACUCCUGGAUGUCAACUUGCUCUUGUUUCUGUUGCUCCUGCUUAUUCUGGAGCUGUCACUGGAUUCACUUUCUUCUUUGUUGCUGUUUCUGGAAUUAUCCAUCCAAUUCUUACAAAAAUGAUAGUGAAAGAUCGUACUGCUGCUGAAUGGAACUUGGUUUUCUAUAUUUCAACAGUCAUUGCCAUCUUUCCAAUUGUCAUUUUCAAUGUGUGGGGAUCUACUGAGGUGCAAUGGUGGGCCAAAAGUAAGGCGUCAAUGCAACAAGAUCCAAAUAACAAAAAGAUGUCAAAAGCUUCAAAAGCUCCAUCAACACCAAGCAUUGAUAGUAUCGAUAUGGCCUAA